AUGGACGAAGCUCACGGAACAUUCUAUUUGUUAUAUGUUGCAGAUCCAUCCGCUUCAGGCUCGUCCUGCGAGGAUGACGAGGAUGGUCGUCGGGUGGACAUCAGAAAGCGCAAGAACAGCCUGUACGCGUCUUCCUCGACUCGUGCUCCGUCGAUAGACAGAGAGAGAGACUUGAACUCGACCGACGGGAUUGCCGCGGUGGAUUGCGUAGCCCUGGUGCAUCUCGCGGAUCAGUCACCCACCGAGCCUAAUCAACCGGUCCGUCACCCAUCGCCCUAUUACUACGGUGAUCUGUUCAAGGUACCGGAGCAAGUGAGCAAGUCGCAGCCGAACAGGUACAGAAAGAGCGUCAGUCUCGACGUACCGGGUGAACGUUCACGAACACCCGGUAUACCAAAGAGAAACUCGGUGGCGGGUGAUGGGGGUUCCUAUUCGUCUCAGCAACAACAACAGCAGCAGCAGCAGCAGCAGCCACAGUCGCAACAUUAUCAACAGCAGCAGCCACAGCAGCAACAGCAGCUACAGCUACAUCAGCAGCACCAUCCGUUACAACCACAACAGCAUUAUCAAAGUCAGGAUCUAGUGAGCCCCACGUCGGGGAGCGAGCAUGCUGUCCCAGCCAGAAACGAGAUCCUCUCGUCGUGCAUCAUCACCGAGUGGGAUCACACCCUCAUGCCUCCGCAUCGGCUGUUGAGCCAUGACCUACCGACCACCGUUUGCACUUGCGUCGCAUCGGCUGAAGAAGAGGAGGAUGAGCUAGAUCAACGGCAGCCGCAGCUAACGCGGCACCAAGUGCGCAAGCUACGUCGUACACGGAGGAUAGACCCGCAGCCGAUACUCGUCGAGGACGAGGACGACGUGGAGGGAGAGGACGAGGGCGAGGAAGAGGAGGAGGAGGACGUGGAGCUGGAGGAAGACGAGGAAGAGAUGGCUAGGCAACGUCACCUCUACGAGACGGCCUUCGACUGCAAGGUCAAUCGCUCUGACGACGAUCUCGACGACCUCGAUCGGGUUACCAAUCAUCCCGUGCUGCAUUCCCAGAUGAGAAGCAGCAGCGCGAUACCAGUAAGCAGAACGAGCUCGUCGACGGACACGUCGAAGCAACAGCAGCAACAACAGCAACAGCAGCAACAAGCCCCGUACGCUGGUCAGUCCCACAGUAGCAAAGAUCGACGCAAAGUCGUACUUCUCCGCCCAAAACCAAUUCCGAGCCGUCUUCAGCAACAGCAGCAUCAGCAGCAACAGCAGCAAUCAGACAAUAUUUCUACUCUGUCCCAGGACAUCGAAUCCCUCCAGAUCAAUUCCAGCGACGAGAAAACCGGGUCGCCGAGGUUACCGGCCCGGGGUUAUACACCGUCGCCUCCAUCCACGGCACCGUUGCCCGCUAAAUUUCACGGCAAUCGUGACCACUUGUUGUUGAACAUACGCAGCACGCCGAAUCUACCCUCGCAGCCGGACCAUCCGCGCCUCAAGGAUCUCCGGCUGCCGGUCAAGUCGCUGCUGAGGACGAAGGACUCGCCCCAGAGCAGCGAGGGCAGCAUCCUCGAGAUCAAGAGCAGACCGAAGAGCUUCGCCCAGGACAGCGUGCUGGAGUCGUCUCAGGGGCGACGUUUCGACAAGGAGCUGAUCCUAGAGUUCAAGGGCAGGCCGCGGGAGGAUCGGCAACGACCGCGCAGUCUGAUCCGCGAGAGCAAGCCGAUCAUGGAGUUCAAGGGCAGGCCCCACGAGGCCGAGAGCGAUCUGUUACGGCCUCGCAGGGACGUCGGCCUCUUGGAGUUCAAGUUACGGACCAGUAGACGCAGAGCGGGAUACUCGAGCACGGAGAGCAUGGCCACCAGCAGCAGCGGAGGCAGCAUGGAGUCGUUACGGAGCAGCACCAGCGAGGGCAAUAGAUCGACCAGCAGUUCGGAGAGCCGUCACAGCACCAGUCUGAGCUCCCACAGCUCUGACAGCGGCAGCACCAACUGCUACCAUCAUCAUCAGCAGCCCUCGAUGGCCGGCUUCCUCACCCAUCACGCGAACAAGCUGCACAUACUCUCCCCGAUCUCUGACAAAUCGUCGCAGGAGCCCGCGUCCGAGACAUCCGACAACAAUCGCAACAACAACUCGCAGAAAGCCUCGCCGGAGGAGAACGUGACCACGGAGAACAACGUGACCGCGUCGAACAACACGAACACGAACACCGGCAACACGAACACGAACUCCGUUAUCUCGCCGAUGGACACGUCGUUCAAGAAGAGGCGCACGCCGCAGAACAAGAAUCUGAUCAAUCUGGCGCUGCAGUCCUCGUCGUCGGGCGAUGCGGAGAUCCAGGGGUCGGACAGCGGCAUCUCGAUCGAGUCGCGGGCCGGCAUCAAGUGCAAACCGUUCGGCUUCCACUUGUUGAAACCGCAGUUGGAUAACAUCAAUCUCGUGGACAACGAGCCGGAACUCUCCGACCUGCCGUUCGACAUGCCGAAGCUGAGGAGGAGGCGGCUGCUCAUGCAGCAGGACGCCACCACGUCUGGCAGCGCGACCAGCGUCGAUCUCAGAGACCUGCCGUUCGACAUGCCGAAACUCAGACGAAGGCUACGAUGCAUGCAGAGCACGGAAUCCAGCGGGUCUCAGGCUUCCUCCAGCCUGUCGAUGCGAGACGUCGAGCCGCCCGCGUUGUUC